GUUGGCAACGUUGGUCAGUUAAUUGAAACAGGUUGGAUUAACUGGUUGUUUGUUUAAAUAAAACGUUUGGUUAUUUAUAGGAAGUUGUAAUUUUUCUAAUUUUUUGGAAAUGAGUAAAACAGAUCUGCCGUAUUUGGCAGAAUAUGCCAAAUCCGGCCGUUCCAGCUGCAAAGGCUGCAAAACAUCAAUUAAUCAAGGUUCUUUGCGUCUUGCUGUUAUGGUGCAGUCUCCACAUUUUGAUGGGAAGCAACCACGUUGGUUUCAUUUCUCAUGCUUUUUUCAAAAGCAAAGACCAAAAAGUAUUGAUGACAUUGAACAUUUCGAAGCACUAAGAGUAGAAGAUCAAGACAAAAUAAAAGAAAAAGUUACAUUAUCUGAAGUGAAAAUUAUUCCUGAUAAAAAAGGAAAAAAAAGGGGUAAUGAUGGAGGGGCUUCUACAUUAAAAAAGGAAGCAAUGAAGGAUUUCCGUAUUGAGUAUGCUAAAUCUGGUAGAGCUGGAUGCAGAGGAUGUGAACAGAAAAUUCUUAAAGAUGAAUUACGUAUCUCCAAAAAAGAUUUUGAAACUGAGGUUGGUAAAAAAUAUGGUGGACAAGAUAUGUGGCAUCAUGUGAGUUGUUUUGCUCAACUCAGAAGUGAUCUUGGGUAUUUUGAAUCUGGUGAUAAACUACCGGGCUUUAAAGGACUCUCAAAAGAUGACCAGGAAAAUGUUAAGAAACAGAUAGUUGCAAUUAAACAGGAAGAUGUACCUCCAGUAAAGAAAAUGAAAACUGAAGAUGAUGUUGAUAAAAAAGAUAAUGAAUACAGGGAGCAAAAUAAACUUAUGUAUAAAUAUAGAGAUUCUCUUGAUGAGUUAGGAUCAAAAACAAAAACAGUUUUAGUACAACUACUUGAAUAUAAUAAUCAAAAACCAUUUACAGGAAAAGAUAGGAUGCUGGAUCAAGUAGCAGAUGCAAUGACCUUUGGAGCAUUAGAACCAUGUGAUAGUUGCAAAGGCCAGUUUGAGUACACAAACAGCGGUUACAUUUGCACUGGAGACCUUACAGAGUGGACAAAAUGUAAUAAAACAGUAAAAGAGCCAAAACGCAAGUCAUUUAAGGUACAAAAAGAAUUGAAAGAAGAAUACCCUUUCCUUAAGAAGUAUAAAUACAUACCUAGAACUAGAAUUAUUAAAAUUAAAACUCCAACUAAUGGUGUGAAGAAAGAAAAAGUAGAAGAAAAUGUGGAGCCUCGUGUUAAGAGGGAAACUCCCCCACUGUAUGAAAUGAAAUUCGUUAUCUUGGGGAAACCGCCAAAGGGUAAAGAUGAGAUAAAAAAACUUAUAACUUCCCUAGGAGGAAAAGUUGUAACUAAAAUAGAUAAAACUGUUCUGGCUGUAAUCUCCACAUCUGAAGAAGUUGAAAAAAUGAGUAGUAGAAUGUCAGAAGCUGAAAGUGAACAAAUACACGUCGUUUCCGAUGAUUUUUUAGAUGAAGCUAAGAGUAAUACUGGAAAAAUUCCUGAUUUAAUUAUUAAGAAGAGUAUUUGCAAUUGGGGAUCGGACCCAACCGUUCGUCUUCCUGAGGAACCAUCUACAAGUCGAAAAUCAAAAUCUCAAAGCAUUUACACCAAAUCUGUACCGAAAUCAGUAAAAAUGAAAUUGAAGGGAGGUACUGCCGUCGAUCCUGAUUCGGGACUGGAAGAUACGGCUCAUGUAUACCAAAAUAAAAGUGACAAAUUUAAUGCUAUUCUUGGCUUAACUGAUAUUCAAUCUGGUAAAAACAGUUAUUACAAGUUGCAAGUUCUGGAACAUGAUAAAAAAAACGCUUACUGGUUGUUCAGAUCUUGGGGAAGAAUAGGUACUACUAUUGGAAAUCAUAAAUUAGAAUCUAUGGGAACUUUGCAAGAAGCACUAAUGCAGUUCAGAGAUUUGUACAAGGAGAAAACAGGCAAUGAUUGGGACAAUAGAGACAAUUUCAAAAAAAUGCCUGGAAAAUUAUAUCCUAUUGAAAUGGAUUAUGGCGAAGAAGAGGCUCUAAAAUUAGACAUUACAGAUUCUGAAUCAAAAUUGCCAGUACAAGUUCAAGAUCUUGUUAGAAUGAUCUUCGAUAUUAAUUCAAUGAAAAAACUUAUGAUGGAAUUUGAAUUGGAUACAGAAAAAAUGCCCUUAGGUAAGUUGAGCAAAUCUCAAAUACAAAAGGCGUUUGGUGUUCUUAGUGAACUACAAACUUUGAUCAAUGAAAAAGCAGAAAAAUCCAGAUUUAUAGAUGCUUCUAAUAGAUUCUACACGUUUAUACCACAUUCUUUUGGUAUUGAAGAUCCACCAAUUCUAGACGAUCCCGAAGUAAUAAAGCAAAAAAUUUUAAUGUUGGACAGUUUAACGGAAUUGGAAGUUGCAUACAAUUUGAUGAAAUCAUCUGGUUCAGAACACACAGUAGACAGUUAUUACAAUCAACUAAAUACUGAAUUACAAGUUUUGGAACGUGGCACUGAGGAAUUUAGCAUCAUUAAUGAAUAUGUUCAAAAUACUCAUGCAGCUACUCAUGACAACUAUGAACUAAUUAUUGACGAAGUCUUCACUGUUAAACGUCAAGGUGAAGACAAACGAUACAAGCCAUUCCGUAAGCUGCCUAAUAGAAAAUUAUUAUGGCACGGUUCUAGGGUAACAAAUUAUGCUGGUAUAUUAUCUCAAGGUCUUCGAAUUGCUCCUCCAGAGGCUCCUGUUACUGGUUACAUGUUUGGUAAAGGUAUCUACUUUGCCGAUAUGGUCUCCAAGUCUGCUAAUUAUUGUUGUACGGAUUCAACUAAUCCUAAAGGUCUUAUGUUAUUAUGUGAUGUAGCUCUAGGAAACAUGUAUGAGAGAUUGAAAGCCGAUUACAUAACCAAAUUACCAAAAGGAAUGCACAGUUGCAAAGGUGUAGGAAGAACACAUCCAGAUCCAUCUGUAGUGAAGAAAAUUGGAGAUGUAGAAGUUCCUGUUGGUAAAGGAGUACCUUCCAAACAAUCUUCUUCUCUUUUAUACAACGAAUAUAUUGUAUACGAUGUCGCCCAGGUGAAUGUGAAGUAUUUAUUGAAAAUGCAUUUCAAAUAUAAAUACUAGGAAAACUAAGACCACUUCGACUUCAAAUUAACUAUCUGCCUCUAAUUAUUACAAAACUAAGCUAUAAUUUGUAGAUCUGAUAAGUUCAAUCUUUCAUGAUUUACUUUGCAUGAAUUUUUGUUAUAAAAUGUUUACCUUAAUUUUUCUAUUCACAUGGAAAGAUGAACAUAUUCAACAUAUUUUAACAAAAUUUCAUAAUUCUUGCUCAUUUUCCACAUCCAUAAUUGUUUUUUCUCAAUUUUAAUUGAUCUUUUCAGAUUUAGUGUUUGACUCGUUUUUUUUUAAAUCUACUAUUGUGUCCUAAUUUCAUAUAUACUAGCAUUUUCAGCCUUAUAUGAAUGAAUAAUAUUCAAACAAUCAAUUUUGUGCUGUAUUUGACUACAUCGUCGCUCAAACCUACCCUUUUGAAAAACACGGAUUUUAUUAUAUUUAAAGUAUUAUAAGCAUCUUUUAUUGUAAAGUCAGGUUAAUCAAUUUCACUCUUAUUCUUCGCCUUCAUACAUCAGUAAAUGGCAAAACAAAUGUGACUAAUCAGCAUUAGUUAGUUCUCCACAGACGGCUAAAUCAUUAUCAAAGGUAACGAUUUAAUCGAACUCAGUCUCAUGAAAAUGUAAUUCAUCUUGCCACGUCCUAUCAAGUUCGGCAUAUGGAAAUUCGUUGGUCAUCUUCGCAUGUUACUUUGACCCCAUUUUUUUAAGCAGUUUGCAAUGGUUUUUUUAGUGAAUAGAUUCCAAGCUUUGGUGAUUACCCACGUGGUUUAUGAAACAUUAAUUAUAGUUGACGUUUGGCGUUCAAUAUCAUUAAGACGUUGUCUGACAAGUUAUUUUCUUAAAGCUUUGAAUGGUACCUUUGUCCAGGAGUUGUAGUUUCGGAGUGAUAGUUGGAGGCAAGUACUUUAUUUCUAUAUUUUCCAAGUUAGGAACAGUAAAAUUAUUGAUGUCUUUUCUUUUAUCUCUUUAUCCAGAGUUUUAAGCCAACAGCAGAAAGUUUAUUGUUUUAUAACUUUAAACUAAGAAUGUGUUGUAAAAAUCGUUUACUGGGUUACUUCAUGGAUAUAUUGUCAUUUUUGGAUCAAAUAAUUUUAUUUUUGUGAGAAAUGUCUUAAUUUUGAUAAAUCCCUGUAAGUUUGCAAUUAACUUGGGAGCAUCGGUAAAAUUAGUUGGAUUUUGAUGAAGUAAAUUUUUGGAAUCCUAAAUGGACUUCCCUUAUAUUCUUUUUUUAAUCAACAUUACUUAAAUCGUAAGUAAGAAAUUGUUUGUUUGAUUUGUUUCUUGUAGUUUGUUAUAUAAAAAUACAUCACUUAUUACAUGAACAUGUUGUAAUAUUUGAUCACACUGGUUGAUAUACAUUUUCAGUUGCUUUUGCUAAAACAUUUUGAAUUAUACAAAAUGGUAUGACUAAUCAAUAACCAAUACAAUUAACAGAAAAAAUUUUGAAAUAAUGAAAAUACGUUGUCGUUAUGUGUUUAUAGUAUUUCCUAUUUAUCAAAUUCCAUUAAUUUAUUAAUAUUAUUUUAACUUUUAUCAGUUAAAAUAUUUUGAUCAGUUUUAAACUUGAUUUUAAUUUUCAACUGUAUAAAAAAAUUCCCUUCAACAUGUGGCGACCAUGUCAUGUGACCUUGCAGCUAAAAAUACUUAAUACAGGUGUACAUUUCUCCAAACAAAAUUCGUCAAUAAAACGAAAAUCUGUCCACACCUGACUGACUGAUACCUGACCCUGGAAAUUCCAAGUAACCUUUUUAAUGCCCUACUAGUAUACAAUCAAAUUAAUCCUCCUCGAUAUACCUGAUUCACUUUUUAGGAAAAACCACCUACCUUCUAUCUUUCCAUUGUUACAUACUUACAUGAACCCAGACGAGCUGAAUCUGUGGAAACGGUGUAGCUUCACUGAAACUUCGGCGUUCGAUGUCUGUCUCAAGACAUAUUGAACUUCUCCUCGAUUCUAAACAUCUAGCUAGAGUUCGUGUUAGUAUGGAACAAUGAGAAGGUAACUGCCUCCUACCUUGUAUAUGUAUUGGUUUUUCCCAAAAAGGUAUAUCAAGAAGGAUUAAUUUAAUUGUAUGCUAUUAGGACAUUAAGAAGGUUACUCGGAAUUUCCUGGGUCAGGUGUGGACAUAUUAUCCUUUUAUUUGUUCAGAGAAAUGUUUACUUGUAUUAAGUAUUUUUAACUAUAAGGUCACAAGGCGUGCACAAGAAUUUAUCUUAUAUUGCUAUUGCAUUGCAUUGCAACUGAUCAUAUGUAUACAUUUAAUUUUGUUUUUAGUUCUAGAAAUGUUACCAUAUA